AUGCACAAGUUCGCAGACAUGAUGCGAGAGAAAGCAUCGGACCUUGCAGCUCUGGACACCAAGGCGAUGGGCUCCGCGAUAGGUACUCAGACAAUGGGCUACGGCGUGUGUGCCGACCUGUUCGACUACUACGCCGGACUAGCCGACAAAAUCCACGGAGAGACCGCCUAUCCGACUUCACUUGGCAGGUAUAAGUUCACCCAACGAGAGCCCAUUGGAGUAUGCUCAGGCAUCGGCGCCUGGAACGUCUCCGCCAUCCUGUUCGGGUGGAAAGCAGCUCCCGCGCUCGCAGCCGGUAAUACGUUUCUGUAUAAGCCAAGCGAAAAGGCUCCACUGGGAACGUUGGCUCUUGGUGCGCUGAUCAAAGAAGUGUUCCCACCUGGAACCAUCAACAUCAUCAAUGGCACCGGAAAGACUGGCCAGCUCAUGGCUGCACAUAUGGAGAUCAGGCAGAUAGCUUUCACCGGGAGCACUGCCACGGGCCGCAAGAUCCAGGAGUAUGCGGCCAAGAGCAACCUCAAGCGUGUCUCGCUGGAGCUAGGUGGCAAGUCGCCGUCGGUGAUAUUCGAGGAUGCGAACAUGGAUCUCGCUGUGGCGAAGUCCAUGGAAGGUAUCCUGGCCAAUACUGGGCAAAUCUGUGCCAUGGCCUCCCGUGUGUUCCUCCAGGAAUCCAUCUCCGACAAGUUCAUCGACAACCUCAAGGGCGCUUUCCAGCAGGCGAGCGAAGCAGGCAUCAUCGGCGAUCCCGCGCUCCAGACCACCCAAGUUGGUCCGAUUGCGGACAAGAAACAGUACGAGCGGGUGAUGGAAUUGAUCGAGAUCGGUAAAAAGGAAGGCAAGCUAGUGACCGGAGGCGUGCAACGGGGCAAGAAUGGCUUGUUCGUCGAGCCUACUAUCUUCAAAAAUACGCCCAACACAUCGAGGAUCGUCAAGGAGGAAGUGUUUGGCCCGGUCGUGACGGUCCAUACCUUCAAGACAGAAGACGAGGCUAUCGAGAUGGCGAACGAUACAGUGUUUGGCCUGUCUGCUUGUGUGUACACUGAAUCAAUCAGUCGCGCACUCCGCGUCACACGCCAGAUCGAGGCCGGCACCAUUGCCGUGAAUGACUGGUACUUCCCAGCGCCAGACACACCCUUCGGCGGUGUCAAGCAAUCCGGAUAUGGUCGCGAAGGCGGUCUCGAGGGCAUGCAAGACUACCUCCAGACGAAGACGAUCCAGAUCAAGCAAGUUUCCUGUAUUUCUCGUAUUUUCAGCUGCUGA